GUUGACUUUACGAGUGACCCGUGGUAGGUUCCUGGACACGAUAUGUUGUCGACUGUCAACGAAAGAUGUCUCCGCCUCGGAGGUCUGCGGUCAAGAUCCAGGGCUGCGGAUGCAGGGCUGUUGUCGGAUGCAUUGCAGGUGCGUUAGUCCUCGGAGUUCGGACGUCCAGACCAUUGAUUAGACUUGUCAGAUUGUGGUCUCUUCCGUCUGCAGGUCCUUUUAUGCGAAGCGUACACGGAUACGACACACCAGAGCGCGAGCAGUGGAUUUUGUACGCAUGCUAGCCUUGUCCGCGUUGGGAAGUUCAUACCCAAAGGCCGUCCAAUUGGGUCGUCAAGCCCGUGCAAUUCAUUGGGACCACUGAACUCGAAUGUAUGAAAGUGUCGCGCUGAUAGUCUUUACCAUAUACAGGGUCCCCAAGUGAUGCUGCUCAACGAAGUCGUCAUGGCUUCAUUCAGAAGCUCUUUAUCUUAGCUGUAGACGCUCACUUACUCAUCUACGGGUGAUAUCCCCUUGCUGCCCCGAGCUUAUUUGCGCUGUGCUUUCCAUUGUUCAGGCAUGCUCCGAGGUCGGCCGUCGCUGCCGCUCGUCGCAACCGGAGCUCGGCCUCAAACUGCUUCACGGCUUAG